CACAAUUAUGGAAUAUAAGUGAUGAUGAAGUAUACGACUCAUUAGUAAUCGAGAAUAGAUUAAUAAUCGCGGAUACGGCCUUACAACCAUUACUAGAUAGAUAUAGUACGAGCUUUGGGGGCUCUAACAUAAAUAUGAUAAAGAGACGUGUAACUGUCUAUACAAUAGACACUGGAAAGAUUGAUAUUAUAAAAUCUCGGAUGGGAAGACAUAGAGAGUUAUUAUCUUUUGAACAAGCAAGACAAAAUAGAUCCCUACAUGAAUUAAGGAACCAAUUUAAUCAGAUAGUUAACCUAGCUAUAGAAUAUAGAAGAAAUAAAUAUAAUAAACUAAAUGUACUCAUUCACACUGAUAUAAUGGCUAAUAAUAACAUUGUAACGUUGACAUCUAAUGAAAACACAAGUACUCUUGAAGACUCCAUCAAGAGAUAUAACCCGAUUUUAAUAACUGUAAACAGUUCAUCUCAUUCAGAUAUUUCUAAACGUCAAAAUAAAGCCAGCAUACGUGACAUAUCUAAUAUGGUUUUAAGUGGUGAUGGUUUAUGUGAUAAUAUUUGUGAUUUUACAUGUUCAAUUGGCUUAUGGGUAAAAAAUCGACAAAAUAUAGAUUACCUUGUAACUGCGGGGCAUUGUAUUAUAGAUUCUGAUAGUGGUAGUAUUUCAACCGAUUUUUAUCAUAUACCAUGGAGUACGACACAAAAUACGACACAAAAUACUAAUUUUAAAUUUCUUGGGAAAUCUGUAUUUGCUAGUAUUGAACCAUAUGAUUUUGGUUUAAUUCAAGUAAUGGGCACUGAUUUCAAACUAGCAGCGAAUAUAAUAAAGAAUAUAGGUUAUAGCCAAUAUCCAGAAUUAUUCAUAAAUAGAAAUCUUAAAGUAUAUAACCAUGGUAUUCAUAUAUGUAAAGUUGGUUUCGCUUCCCAUCUUUCUUGUGGGUUUAUAAAGGGGCUCAAUGGGAUUUUCAUAACAAAAGAUGGUAUAACGAGUGACAUGUUCAUUACAACACUUUACUCAAUUGGAGGUGAUAGCGGUGGGCCUUCAUUUGUUUUUUCUGCUUUUUCACAGGAUUUGCGUUCAGUAGAUUUAGUUGGUAUACACAUUGGAAGUAAUGGUAUAAAUGAGGCUUUUGCUCUACCAAUAGAUUCUAUUCUCAGAUCGUUUGACAUCCAUGUUGUGCCUGUCAAUC